UCAUUUUCCACACUAAUUACCAGACAUGAGCCGAUGCGAGCGGCAGGUGGUUUUUGUUGACAGUGAAAUUGCAAUAUAGGGAUAGAGAGAAGAUGAGGGCGAGCGAUGCUUUUCUGUGUUCGACUGGAUCGCUUUGAAUCCAGAAACACAGCAUGGACAGCAGCAAAGAUGGCGCCGUUCCCGAUCCGGCCGAGCUGAGCUUGAAUGGCACGCCGGAUUUCAAGUCCCUGACAGACGUUAUUGGUGGACACGGGCCCGUGGCAAUUCCGGCACUGGCUAGUUUUCCUGCUGGCUGCGCUUUUCAAUGUCCUGCAUUUGUUUUCCGUCUCUUUGCUUUUCCACGGAGAGUGCCUGUUCAAAGAAAAUUUUGAUGGAAUAUCAAAUGACUCUAUUUCCUCUUCAAGAAAUGGGAGUGAAUCAUUUGUAACUGAAAAGGAAAAUUGCAGCGAAUCCACGUGUUGGAAUUCAUCAGUUAAAAAUAUACAGGGUUACGAUGAACAUUUUAAUGUUUAUAGUCAGCAGUGUUCAUCAAUGUGGAUUGUGCCUUAUGCUAAAUGUAUCUACGCCAUUGGAUGUGUAUUGUCAUUAACCUUGGUUCGACCCCUGACUUUAAGGUACGGCAGGCGUCCAGUAUCUUUGGCUAGUUGCUCCAUCUGGAUGAUAAGCAACCUGGCUACCGCUUUCGCGUAUGUGCCGACGGUAUAUUUGGUGCUCCGUUUCAUUGCCACUCUUGGAAUAAUGAAUAUUUAUUUAAUAUCACUCAUGUCUUUGGUGGAAUGUCUAGGCCAAGAGUAUAAACUACUUUACAUGUUAUGUGGCCAUCUCAGCUGGGGUGUCGGACAUUUCUUCCUCCCCUUAUUCCUGUGGAUGACGGGUGGUUGGUUCGGAUUCCACGUCGUUUUAUGUAUCGGAAGCUCACUCAUGCUUGCUGUCUUAUGCUUUGUGCCCGAAUCAGCGACCUAUUACGUGAAGAGAGGAUUGUGGUCCAGGGCUAACAGGACGCUGAGAACCGCAGCCAUCUCCAACGGUUAUUCACCGACAAGGUUAGAAUCCUUCACCCAAAAUUGGAUGUUGCUACAAGAAAAGGGACCUGUAGAGAUGAAGACUUUUCAAAUUCGAAAUUAUUUGCAAGUGUUGAAGUUGGUCAUUCUAUUUUUUAGUAGCUUUAUGACAACAUUUCUUUACCUCAUCUAUACUUACCGAGCCGAUUGGAUCAAAGGGCGCAUGGGAUCAAAUUUCGCUCUCAUGGGAACAUCUGAGGUGGCAUCUGUGAUCAUCUUGCUGUUCGCAACCACCAUGGUUUCUCUGAAAUACUUAUGGGCCUUAUCAUCUGCAAUGGCUUCGAUAUUGAUGUUCAUCACAUACUCGAAACUUCAUUCAGGAGAGAGAACAACCAUUCCCACACUUAUUUACCUUGCAACCGUUUUCUUUGCAUCAUCAUCUUGGUUUCUGCUACUUUUGAAAUCUGUGUCUUCAUCAUCUACCGCAUCCAAGUGGAGUAAGGUUGUGUUGUGUACUGCUGUUUGCAUAGGAACUUUUGCUGCAUCCUCAAUGGAAUUCAAGGAAGAAAUUCAAGCCUGGAAUUACAAACCCAUUCUGAUAUGGGCAGUGCCACAUUUUCUAAUAGGAGCUUCAACAAUAUUGUUAGAGAUUUGAAUUCAAUUUAAUAAAUUUAUUUUUUAU